GGGAGCGGGGAGGCGGUGGCUCGGAGGAGGAGGAGGAGGAGGAAGGAAAGAGGGAGGAGGGAAGGGAAGGGGCCACGGCUGCAGGUUCCGGUGUCGGGCGCGGACGUGUCGGCCGGGGCCGCGGAACUGCAGGCGCUGCCCCGUCCCCGUCAGCAGCAGCAGCAGCGCCCGGCCCUGGCGCCGCCAUGUCGGGGACCAGCAGCCCCGAAGCCGUGAAGAAGCUGCUGGAAAACAUGCAGGGGGACCUGCGGGGCCUGAGCCUCGAGUGCCGCAAAAAAUUCCCCCCCGUCAAGGAGGCUGCUGAAUCAGGAAUAAUAAAAGUGAAAACGAUAGCUGCACGGAACACUGAUAUUUUGGCAGCGUUGAAAGAGAACAGCUCAGAGGUAGUUCAGCCUUUUCUCAUGGGUUGUGGAACAAAGGAACCAAAGAUCACUCAGCUUUGUCUAGCAGCCAUACAAAGGCUCAUGUCCCAUGAAGUUGUUUCAGAGGCUGCAGCAGGAAACAUUAUUAAUAUGCUUUGGCAACUGAUGGAAAAUAGUCUUGAAGAACUUAAAUUGCUUCAGACAGUUCUUGUACUUUUAACAACAAAUACAGUUGUGCACGAUGAAGCACUGUCCAAGGCAAUUGUACUUUGUUUUCGAUUGCACUUCACAAAAGAUAAUAUCACAAAUAACACUGCAGCAGCUACAGUGCGACAGGUGGUUACUGUUGUAUUUGAGAGAGUGGUUGCUGAAGAUGAACGAUACAAAGACACGAUCGAACAGCCAGCUGCGGUUCAAGGAAAUAGUAACAGAAGAUCUGUCAGUACACUGAAGCCAUGUGCUAAAGAUGCAUAUAUGCUUUUUCAGGAUCUUUGUCAGUUAGUUAAUGCUGAUGCUCCUUACUGGCUCGUGGGUAUGACGGAAAUGACCCGAACGUUUGGCCUUGAACUUCUUGAGUCAGUCCUCAAUGACUUUCCACAAGUGUUUUUACAACAUCAAGAGUUCAGUUUUCUUCUUAAAGAAAGGGUAUGCCCUCUUGUUAUAAAGCUCUUCUCCCCAAAUAUCAAAUUCAGACAAGGUUCUAGCACAUCAUCUUCCCCAGCACCAGUGGAAAAACCAUAUUUCCCCAUCUGUAUGCGCUUGCUGAGAGUAGUUUCUGUUUUGAUUAAGCAGUUUUACAGUUUGCUGGUAACAGAAUGUGAGAUCUUUCUGUCAUUGCUGGUUAAGUUUCUGGAUGCAGACAAACCACAGUGGCUAAGAGCUGUUGCAGUAGAAUCUAUUCACAGGCUUUGUGUGCAGCCUCAGCUAUUAAGGUCCUUUUGUCAAUCCUAUGAUAUGAAGCAACAUUCCACGAAAGUUUUCCGUGAUAUUGUGAAUGCUCUGGGGUCCUUCAUCCAGUCACUAUUUCUUGUACCAAGCACAGGGAAUGCAUCAGUGACACCAAACCAAACUGGAAGCAAUGCAUCUGGGAGCACUGGAUCAGCACAGACAAACCCUGGAGUGCUUGGAAUGGGGGGCGGUGCAACUGUAUUACCUGCCUUCGAGUACAGAGGAACUUGGAUACCUAUCCUGAAUGUAACAGUGCAAGGCAGUGCUAAAGCUACCUAUUUGGAAAUGCUGGACAAAGUAGAGCCACCUACAAUUCCUGAAGGCUAUGCCAUGUCGGUGGCAUUUCACUGUUUACUGGAUCUUGUCCGUGGUAUCACUACCAUGAUUGAAGGAGAGUUGGGAGAGGCAGAAACAGUCAAUCAAACCACAACAGAGACAACUUCAUUACCAGCACAAGCUUCAGAGCGGCAAGACUUGCAGUCUGUAUCUGACCAAUCAGACAAAGAGCUAGUUAACAGAGCUGUCUGGGAAGAAAUGGUCAAUGCCUGUUGGUGUGGCCUUCUUGCUGCAUUAUCCCUCCUACUUGAUGCAAGCACUGAUGAAGCUGCUACUGAAAAUAUUCUAAAAGGAUUGACCAUGGCUGCGCUUUGUGGAAGACUGGGUCUUUGUACCAUCAGAGAUGCCUUUAUUCACUGCCAGUUUGCAAAGGGUUCCUUGCCUCCUCACUAUGCCCUUACUGUAUUAAACAGCACAACCGCGGCUCUGUCCAGUAAAUCAUAUUCCAUUCAGGGACAGAAUGUUCAAAUGAUCAGUCCCUCAAGUGAGUCUCAUCAGCAAGUUGUAGCAGUAGGGCAACCCCUAGCUCUUCAGCCACAGGGAACAGUAAUGCUGACUUCAAAAAAUAUUCAGUGUAUGAGGACAUUACUCAACUUAGCUCACUGCCAUGGAGCUGUUCUUGGUACAUCAUGGCAACUUGUCCUGGCUACUCUUCAGCAUCUUGUGUGGAUUCUGGGGCUGAAACGUGGGGGUGCCUUAAAACCUGGAAGAGCUGUGGAAGGACCCAGCACAGUUCUGACCACAGCAGUUAUGACUGAUCUACCAGUUAUAUCCAACAUACUUUCAAGGCUUUUUGAAAGCUCACAGUACCUUGAUGAUGUGUCUUUACAUCACUUAAUAAAUGCCCUUUGCUCCUUGUCUCUGGAAGCCAUGGAUAUGGCCUAUGGAAACAAUAAGGAACCAUCGCUUUUUGCUGUUGCUAAAUUACUGGAAACAGGACUAGUUAACAUGCACAGGAUCGAGAUCCUUUGGAGACCUCUGACGGGUCAUCUCCUGGAGGUCUGUCAGCAUCCCAACUCCAGAAUGAGAGAAUGGGGAGCAGAGGCUUUAACUUCUCUCAUUAAAGCAGGUCUGACAUUCAGCCAUGAUCCUCCAUUAUCACAGAAUCAGAGACUGCAGCUGCUUUUAUUGAAUCCACUCAAGGAACUGUCAAAUAUUAGUCAUCCUGAUAUCAGGAUCAAGCAGUUGGAGUGUGUGCUACAGAUUUUGCAGAGUCAGGGUGACAGCUUAGGACCUGGUUGGCCAUUGGUCCUUGGAGUCAUGGGGGCAAUCCGAAAUGAUCAGGGAGAGUCCUUAAUACGGACUGCAUUCCAGUGUCUUCAGUUGGUUGUGACAGACUUUCUUCCAACAAUGCCAUGUACUUGUCUACAGAUAGUUGUUGAAGUUGCAGGAAGCUUUGGACUUCACAAUCAAGAGCUAAAUAUUAGCUUAACUUCAAUUGGUUUGUUGUGGAAUAUUUCCGAUUAUUUUUUCCAAAGAGGUGAAAUAAUUGAAAAGGAACUAAACAAAGAAGAAGCAGUGUUGCAGAAACAGGCAGAGGAAAAGGGGGUAGUGCUGAACAGACCUUUUCAUCCUGCACCACCAUUUGACUGUCUUUGGUUAUGUCUGUAUGCCAAACUUGGAGAACUCUGUGUGGAUCCCCGACCUGCAGUUAGAAAGAGUGCUGGGCAGACGUUGUUUUCCACUAUUGGUGCUCACGGAACUUUAUUGCAACAUUCAACGUGGCACACAGUGAUUUGGAAGGUUUUAUUUCACCUCUUAGAUAGGGUUCGAGAAUCUUCUACUACAGCUGACAAAGAGAAAAUUGAAUCAGGAGGAGGGAACAUCCUCAUCCAUCAUUCAAGGGAUACAGCUGAGAAACAAUGGGCAGAGACAUGGGUGUUAACACUGGCUGGAGUUGCAAGAAUAUUUAACACCCGGAGAUAUUUACUGCAGCCUUUAGGAGACUUUUCCCAAGCCUGGGAUGUUCUUCUUGAUCACAUCCAAUCAGCAGCGCUCAGCAAAAAUAAUGAAGUUUCCUUGGCUGCUCUGAAAAGCUUCCAGGAAAUCUUACAAAUCGUUUCUCCUGUCCGAGACUCAGAGAAGCCUGACACACCACCUGCUAUCAAUGUUUCUGUACCUGUGGUGGUAGGAACAACAACUGCCACUAGUCUUGGCAGAUCGUUCAUGAGAACUGACUCCAUAGGGGAAAGAAUGGGAAGAUACAAUGGAUCUGAACUACCUGUAGUAACAGACGAGAUUGAAGAUUUGAAUCUUUGGUGGGCAGCUUGGAACAGCUGGUAUAGGAUUGGUUCAGAAAGUACAAAGCCUCCAAUUAAUUUUGAUAAAUUGACUUUCAUUCCCAGCCAGCCUUUUCUUACAGCUUUAAUUCAGAUAUUCCCAGCUCUUUACCAACACAUCAAAACUGGUUUCAGCAUGGAUGAUCUCCAAAAGCUGGGUGUCAUUUUGCAUGGUGCUGUUUCAGUUCCGAUCAGUUCUGAUGCUUCCCCUUUCAUCCUUCCAUCUUAUACUGAAGCAGUUCUGACAAGUUUACAGGAAGCAGUGCUUACAGCUUUAGAUGUUUUACAAAAGGCUAUAUGUGUAGGCUCAGAAAACAUGCAGAUAAUGUAUCCUGCAAUCUUUGACCAGCUAUUGGCCUUUGUCGAAUUUUCCUGCAAGCCUCCCCAGUAUGGACAGCUGGAAACAAAGCACAUUGCAAAUGCAAAAUAUAAUCAGAUACAACUAUUUGCACCGGCUGAAUGGGUAGCAUUGAAUUAUGUACCAUUUGCUGAGAGAUCAUUGGAAGUGGUUGUGGACUUAUACCAGAAGACAGCUUGCCAUAAAGCUGUAGUAAAUGAGAAAGUUCUUCAGAACAUUAUUAAGACACUGAGAAUACCUCAGUUGAAAUAUUCCUGUCCUUCGGAAAGCACAUGGAAGCUAGCUGUUUCCUCCCUUCUCAAAGUUCUCUCUAUUGGACUACCAGUUGCAAGGCAGCAUGCAUCUUCUGGAAAAUUUGACAGUAUGUGGCCAGAGCUAGCCAAUACGUUUGAAGAUUUUUUGUUUACUAAAAGUACACCUCCUGAUAAUCUCUCAAUCCAAGAAUUUCAGAAGAAUGAGAGUAUUGAUGUUGAGGUGGUUCAGCUUAUUAGCACAGAGAUACUACCGUAUGCUAAUUUUAUUCCUAAGGAAUUUGUUGGUCAAAUAAUGACUAUGCUCAAUAAAGGCUCGAUACACUCUCAGUCAUCCUCAUUUACAGAAGCAGAAAUAGAUAUUCGAAUGAGAGAGGAGUUCUCUAAGGUUUUUGAAACACUGCUCCAGUUUUCAUUCAGUAAUAAAGUCACAACUCCUCAGGAAGGCUACAUCUCUAGAAUGGCACUUUCUGUGCUCUUGAAAAGGUCACAGGAUGUAUUGCAUCGCUACAUAGAAGAUGAGAUGAGUGGCAAAUGUCCUCUUCCACGGCAACAAGUAACAGAAAUCAUAUUUGUUUUAAAAGCUGUCAGUACUCUCAUAGAUUCACUUAAAAAAACUCAGCCUGAAAAUGUUGAUGCUAACACAUGGGCACAAGUUAUUGCCUUGUACCCGACUUUAGUAGAAUGUAUAACCUGCUCCUCCUCGGAAGUGUGCUCUGCUCUGAAAGAGGCACUUGUUCCCUUUAAGGACUUCAUGCAUCCACCAGCAUCCAAGGUACAGAAUGGAGAGUCUUGACCCCAUAAAACUUUUUUUUUUUUUAAUUUUGAAGGAAAAAAAGUAUCCAAAAAUGUUUGUUCCCAAGUGAAGUUUCUCUGAGGAAGUCUCUUGUGGCUAGUACUUGGCAACUAAUGUUGACUGCCUUUUAACUGUACUAACAAGAGCUCAGUAAUUCAUGAGUACAGCCUAUAUCUCAAAGGUUCCAGAGUGAGUAGCAGUGCAAACCUUUAAUAAAUUUAACAGAGUAGUUGGAAUCAUUUAUAAUCUAAUGUACUUGCUACAGUAUCUUGAAGUGGUGAUUGAAAAGUGGGCUUAUGUACAGCUUGUUGUGUAUGUGUUAAUGAUGUAAUUAAAAAUAUUUCAAUUCAGUCAGAUUUAUUAGGCUGGUGUUUUGCACCCUUUUUUGAAGUACGAAUUGUACUAAAAUUUUAUGCAAGAUGGUACUGUAACAUUCCAUAUAUCUGUAACCAGCCUUUGUAAACAAAGGGAACUGAUAUACUUGUGUGUAUAAUAAAUGGUACAGUUCUGUAUAAAAUAGUUGCAUUUAUUAUUUAAAUUCUUUUUAAAAUAUUGAUAAUGUUAAUGCUUGAAAAUGUAUUUAUUAUAAGUUGUAUGCUUGCAUUUUUACUUACAGUUUGCCUUCUAAAUUGCCAGAUAUGAUCAUUCAUAUCUGAUCAUGUUCUUAGUUUUUGCUUAAUUGAAUGUAUCUUCUCUGUGGCCAUUGAACAUCUAAAUGAAGAGGUCAUACGACAAAAUUGCAGCAAGCAGUCAGUAGCCUGCUGAUCUCAAACUUCAAAGUAGUUGACCUGAAAUAAGUUCGAAUAUGCAGAAAUCCACUGUAGCACUUCAACACUACCAUACCUCACUUCAUAAAAUAUUUAAGAUGUUUGUUAUACUCAAAUCUAUCCAUUUUUGUAGUUGCAGCCUUGUUUUAAAAAAAAAAAAAAAAUACUCGGGGGUCAUUAGCCUUUUUUGACCUUACUUGCAGAUAUCAUAGUCUUUGAAUCAUGACCCAAGAAGGGUGAUAUCAAAUACCCAAAGUACUUGGCUGUAAUAUUUUGUUCAAUAAUUUUAAGUGCUUUGUUUUGUAAUGUCUUUUAAACCCAAAUUGUUCUAACCUUUUAAUUAUAUACUGUCUGAUAUAAAACCAUGAGAAGUGUAUUUUUGAAGUUAGUUACUCAUUUAGAAGUGCAGUAAAGUUUGUCAUUAAAUAAAUGUGAAUUUUCUUUCACUUUCACAUAAUACACAAUUAAAACAAAACACUUUUAAUAGUAUUGUUUUUAAUGUUUGUAACACAGCAUUUAAAUUUUUAUUUAAUGAAUUAUUAUCUCAAUGUUUCACCUGUAUACACAUUUUUAAGCUGUGAUGUGAAAGCACAAAUGCCAAAUGUUUUGAGAGAAAAAAGAAAAGACGGGUGCCUUUCUAUUGAUUUCAGAGCUUACCUUUAGGUUUUUGUUCCUUGAAGUUUUUUGUAGAUAUUAAAAGUGAUUAUCAUGCAUAAGAAGUGGUAUUAUAUGUUUGCUUUACUAUUUGCUGACUAAAGAGAUAUUAAUUGGUACAUGUGAAUAGAUGUAGAAUUUGUAGGAGCUUCAAGUGAGGGUGUGAGGAACUGGUCAGGGUUAGAAGUACCCCAUGUGAAAUGAUGUUACGCAAGCACAGCUUUGAAGAGCUUGCUCCUCUAAGACUCCAGUUUACGAUCCUUUUAAAAAGGAUAUUAAAGAGGCUUCAAGAACUUGCACAUAUAUCUUUGACAACAUUGCAUGGAACUUAAUCUUCGAGUGUGGAUAGUUUUUAAAAGAACACACAUUUUACAUUAAAGAAACAAGCACUUUCCAUUAAUAGAAUUCAAAUCAAAAUAGCCUGUUUGGAGAAGCAGUUCCAGUAUACUGCAGACCUGGGUCCCAGGUACAAAUAAUAACGUUAUCAUGCUCUGAAAUUGAAAACCUUGCAACUCCUCUACUACUUAGUGAAAGAUAAGACAAGGCCUGUUGGGUCCUUAAAGAAAACAAUACCCUUCCCCUGCCUGACCCCAUGCUUAAUUCGGUUUAAAAUCUAUCUAUCUGAUAGAAAUUCUGGCAAAAGGCAUGCAGACCAAACUGUGGAUGAGUUUGUUUCCAGUUAAUUUCUAAUUGUUUUUUUUUCAGUGAUAACAGAUACAUUCUGUCUUAAAUGAAGCAUGUCUUCACCUUUAUCUAUAUUUUAAAAAGAGGGUACGUGGGUGUGUAAGUCUUACUCAGCUCUAAAGCAUAGAGUACUUUACCACCCAUGGAUAUUAAUCUUCUAAAGACUGAAAUAAACUACCAAUCAGCUAAACUUCCUUUCCUCUUAAUUACCACAUGAAAAUAUUUAUUCUAUUUGAGGCAUGUUUUGGACAUACAAGUUGAGGCUGACCAUACUCGAACUGCUUUUUUUAUUUUGUAUAACUAGUUUGAGAACUGAAAGCAAAGAUACCUGGUUUAGAAAAUACGUUUUUAAUUGACUAAUUUUGUUUGUGAAUAAGAGUUAUUCUAGUUGCUUUGCCUUCUUAUCCAGCACUAAAAUAUUUCCUCCAACUUUGAAGUAUCAGAUUCUUGUUUCCAUUUGUACUUUUGGCUAAAUAUUCUUAGGGCCUCUUUGAUGCAAACAGAAUUUUUGAAUAUUUAAAUUGCAUAGUUUUAUAUCCAUUCCUAGCAAGACAAUCUUGUUAAUUAAUUUAAUUAAUGCUGCCCAUCAAGUAAACCCAUGUGCUCCAUUCUGUAGGUUUGCCUAGGCAUGUGAAAUAAAGCAAACAGGCAUUUUCACAAUUGGGGUCUGGAUUGCGUUGCUGAAAUCAUCUAGAAAGGGGGCUCAGCUGAUUGUACAGAAAUAUGUCAGCUGGAAGCUAGGGGAUAAACGUUAAUUGCUGAAUGUAAUGACAUUCUUCAGCUUUCUUCUUCCUCUCCCCAACCUUAACAAAGAUUUAUAUUGGGAAUCAAAAGAAAAAAUGUGAGGGUCUUCUGCAUUAUUACAAGGUCCAUAUCAAAAUUUUGGAUUAUUUGGGAAAACUUGUAUGUCUCGGUGCCAAGGGAUUUGAGGGUAUGCCUCGGUGUACACAGGGAUUUAAGAUGACGUAAGUAGCUCUAAGAAAAAGGAAUAGAUGGCUCAAACUGGGAAUUUUUAAUGGAAAAAAUAUUCUUAGAAGUAACAUAUAGUAGUUAAUUUGCUUAUCAUCAGACAUGCUUAUCUACCAGGGCAUCCAUUUUGUUCCCUUGUACAUUUGCUUGCUUCCCUACCGGCUCUAUCAAUGUCUUGUUCACAACAUCACAGAAUGGAUGAGGUGGGAAGGGACCUCUGGAGGCCAUCUGGUCCAACCCACCUGCUUAAGCAGGGACACCUCGAGCAGGUUGCCCAGGACCACAUCCAGACAGCUGCAAGAAGGAAGAUUCCACAACCUAUCUGGACAGCCUAUCUGGACAGCCUUGCCAGUUGCUCAGUUACUUGCACAGUAAAUAAGUGCUUCCUGAUGUUAGAUGGAACCUCCUCUGUUUCAGUUUGUGCCCACUACCCUCUUGUCCUAGCACUGGGCACCACUGAAAAGAGCCUGGUUCUGUCUUUGCACCCUCCCUUCAGGUAUUAUUGUACAUUGAUAGAUUUCCCUGAGCUUUCUCUUCUCCAGGCUGAACAGUCCCAGCUCUCCUCAGCCCUUCCUCUAGGAGAGGUGCUCCCAGGCCUUUGAUCAUCUUGGUGGCCCUUUGUUGGUCUCAUUCUGGGGAGUCUAGAACUGGACGCAUAACUCCAGGUGUGGCCUCACUAGCGAUGAAUAUAGGAGAAGGAUCACCUCCUCUCAACCCUGCUGGCAAUGCAAUGCCUGAGAGCAGCCCAGAAACACCAUUAGCCUCCUUAGUGCAAGGACACACAGCUGGCUCACGUUCAACUUGGUUGUCCACCAGGACUCCAAGGUCCUUUUCUACAGAGCCGCUUUCCCAGCCAAGUGGCCCCCAGCAUGUACUGAUGCCUGAGGUUGUUCCUCCCCCAGGUGCAGGACUUGGCACUUCUCCGUUGUUGAACUUUGAGGUUCCUAUCAGCCUAUUCUCCAGCCUGUCCAGGUCCCCUCUGGAUGGCAGCACAGCCAUCUGGUGUAUCUGCCACUGUUCCCGGUACGUUACAAGACAUUAAGCCACAUGAAAUACAUGGUCACUAUUAAUUACACCUGCAAGGCGGAAGCAUCUGAGAUGCUUUCAACAGUUUAUCAUUAUAUCUUUUUUUUCUUUUCCCACCAACACCUAGGUUGUUUCUUCUUGCCAAAUGGCAAACCUUCACGCUAGCUGGCCUUGAACUUUUCAGGCAAGAUACUUUUAGUGAGAUCGAUAAACUUUUUUUCCUCAGUAUAUCUCUGCACAUGGCAAACACAGUCCUAGUCAGCAUGUAGUUUACAGAAAAUGUUUAGAUGUUCAGGAUACUGCUGUUGUUGGAAAGGACAAAACAAAGCAAACAACAAAAAAAAACAUGUUUUCCUCCUUAUCUGUUCCUUACAGCUCAUUUCUGUGUCUUUUACUGUUUGUUCACAUCAAAUUUUGCAGCUUGCUAUUUAUUUCCUGUUGUGGGCAGUCAUCUUCUUGCAACCUUCAGUUGAAUCCUCAUAAGAGAGGCUCUCCAAGUGAAAGAAGGAAGUGCUCACACAGUGCACUGUGAGCGGUGCACAUUUUGACUGUAGAUACUGCUAUGGUUGCUUAUAAGGAUGUUAGAUUGGAGUAUUUAAGUUUCCGAAGUGUCAGAAAGGUACAAAUGAGGCAGCUAUGGUACAGGUUUUGUGGAUCCGAAUUGGGAUGCAAACUAAUGGCAGAUGUAGGUUACAAUCCGUACAAAUACAGUUCCAUCAACAAAUAUUAAUUGACAAAUAUUUGUGUCUCUGAGAAAAGCAAAAUUAUAGAAAGUAUCAGUUGAAUUUCUUGCACUGGUUAAAAAUUUUCCUCUUAAAACAUAGGUUGGUGAUAACUUCCAGUAAUAUUUUGUGCUUUAAAAAUGUGCUAAAUUAAUGCAUUUUACGGUUGUCUUCAGAAGCAGUAAGUUGGUUUAAUUCAUGUUUCAUUGUAUUCAGUGGAGAUUCUACUGUGUGACUUCACAAGGGGAAAAAAAGAUGAUCAACACUGACUGUUGUCAAAAGAUCAUAGUCUGCCACAUCUAAUUCUUUGGAAUUUCCUCAAUUGUGUAGCCUCAGACUCCAGUAACUUGGAGUAUAUCCAUAGUUCUUGGAAAUUAAUUUCAGAUUAUGUGAUGACAACACUAGGACACUGCAGCUGUGUCCUUACAUAUAGCAGUGAGUUCUGCUGCCAUGAUCUUUUAUUUUCCUGCUUGGAUGUGGUUUUGUUUUUUUUACUUCACAAUAAUGCGAGAAAAAAAAUUGGAAUCAUUUAAAAUUGGAGGUGAGAUAAAGCAUCCUUCUGUGUACCUUUGCAUGUAACUCUACUCAUAAUUUUUUUUCUCUCCUGUGUUCUUGACGUUUUCUCCACUUGCUCUGACAAAGGGAAGUAAGAUCUAUAUUUAUAGUUUGCUAUAUAUGCCCUGGUAUUCAGAUAAAUUGAAUUGAGACCUGUUUAGUGUAACAAAGUGUGAACUAGCAACUCUCCUCAGGGUUCAUCUAUUUGUUCUCUUCUUCAGCCUAAAGCAAUUGUAACAGGCACUGUAGAGUAGUGUUUAGCCUUUUUUUAACAUUGUCUGUCUAAACACAGCUAUAAGGGAACAUUACAGGAAAUUCUAAUUCUAAUUUUUUUUCUUGCAAAUAGUACUCUGGAAUUGUACUGUAUGUGAUUAUUGCAGUAUAUAGGAGUAAAUGAAGUAAACAUAUUAAUGUCUAACAUUUUGAAAGUAAUCUUUGCAGUCAUGUGGAAUAGACAAGGUAAAUUCUUUGUAAUUCCUAUUUCGUUUAGAAUUUGGGUCACACAAGUGAUUAGGUUCACACAAGCAGCUAAGGCUCUUGUAGCAGUUAUUUAGCCUGUGCGACUGGAUAGCUAGUGGGAGACAAAUAUUAUGGGGAAGCGAGUGGACUUGUUACUUUCCAUGCUUGACACCUAUGUCAGCAAUGCAGAAAAAAUAAUUAAAAAAAAAAACAAACACUAAAAUAUGAAUUGUCACCUGUUUGUAUGUGUUGACAAAGGAUAUGUAUUAUUCCACUGGAUUUUGAGACUACUUUCAAUUGUUCCAAAUCUGGCAGUAUAAAAGGUGUGUUUCUUUCAGUUUUGUUCAUUUUAACCUAUUCAGAUCAGAAGGACUGCAUGAGCUGUGAGAUAAGCAGGAAUUCAUUCCAGCCAAAUAGCUGCUCUUUUCUCCUUAAGUUUUUUAAAGCUAGAGUUCCACGUUGCGUAUUUUUUUGUUUGUUUAGAGAAAACGUAUCCAAUUCCUGCUGUAUCACAAUGCAAGCUAUUGCAAGCUUUUACCACUAAGAAGCAUUUUAUUUCCUGUCUUCCCCAACUAGUUACCAACUGGCUUAAAGAAUGAGAUCUGUUCAUGGACAUUUGUUUGAUCUCUUUAAUGACUAAACAGUAAAUUGAUAACUUUUACUGCAUUACCACUUACUAUUUUGCCAUCUGAUUGGUUACUUUAAGACACCAUGCAUUGAAGAACGAUCAGGUUCUACCAGUAUUCUUUCCUUACCCCUGGGUUGUCUGCCCUUAUUUUUCUGACAAUACUUUCCUGGUGUGCACUUUCCUUCAGUUAUAAGUUUUGGAAGCAAGGGACACCUAUUGGUCUACACAGUAUUUUUCAUAUCAGGGCAAGUGCAAUAAAAUGACUGUAAGAGUUCAUGUAAAACAUAGGUUUCGUUUGGGGAGUAAAUACUCUUAGGUUCACAAGUAUGUUCAGUUAUAAAUGUGUGUUUUGCCAUAUUAAUACAAGCAUAUUAGAGUUGUGGUGUUUCCUUCUUGAAUGCUGGAAUAUGUAUCAGACAAGGGCUACUCAUUUCUUGGAUGAAAUACAUUAGAACUCAGCAUUUCUUUGUUGUAUUACAGCCUUUAGGUUUUUAUUCAAUUGAAAAUACAGAGAAAAUGAGGUAGGCAGGAUGUCCAAAAAAUUCUCUGUAGGAUUUUGAAUUACACGGAAGUCUUUCAACACAACCAAAAAAAGGUGAAAUUGGCAUGAAAAUUAGUAUUACAAGUAGGCUAGAAAACAGGAUUAUAACUCAACUUCUCAACUGGGAAAAAUGUCACCCAAACAACAGGAUGUACUUCAUCCAGAUGACUGUAAGAUGCUGCACUCAGUAGCAGUGAGGUUUUUUCCAUUUAAUUUUGCCACCUUUAUUGAAUAGAGGCUGAAUUUCAAAAUAGUUUUGAUUGGUUUCCUUAGGAAAUUGCUCCAGUAUAAAAAUGCUUACUGUGCAACAGCUGUCAUUAACACUAUCAAAACUAGCUCUGAAACAUGUUUUGCGCAAUGUCUGUUAAUAGAAGUAUAAGUCAAGUCUAAACAUCUUUUUAAACAAUUAACAUUUUAUAAUCUUUCUCAGCUGAUUUCUGUGCAAUAAUCCAUAAUUUAAUAUUAUAAUUUUUAAUCUAUACAAUUAUGGUGAAUUGUAUUUACACUAUCUAGUCAAAACUUCAUUUAGAAAAUGUGCAGUUUUCUAUUUUCUGUCAAAUAAAUACUGCUCACCUCCUACUCACUCUGUUUUAAACUAUUUCAACUUAAUGGUGUAUGUUAAGUCUCAAAGAAUUAAGAUGUAUCAAAGACAGGAAAGAAUUCUUGAAAUAAAAAUAGUCAUGAGUGCUACUACCAACAGGGUUUUUACUUUGUUGCAUUGUAGAGUUCAUCAUAUAGAAGAACUACAAUGCAUUAGUUACCAUUCACGUUCAUUUUUUUGUGUGUUCUGAUUCAGGAUGUAGUAGUUGUUGUGUCCUAUCAGUUCGACAGUAACAUGCUAAGAACUGAUCCUUCUAUUUCUGAGUUUCUUAUUUAAGCAUUAUGUCUUGAUUAUGAAAACAGAUUUGAUUAAGAAAAAAAAAAGAAAGUAUAAUACCUGCAUGUUUUGGGCCUAUCCGAGUGUAUUUGCUAUGCUGUCUGCAGCCAGAAAUGAGUGAUCAUUGCUCAAAUUUCCUUUAUUAUCUACAUUUAGGAAAAUUCUCAGAUAAACUAAUUUUUAAAAACUCGGUAUCAUAAGGCUUUCAUGUCAACACGUUUAUUACCACCAGUGGUCCAGCUGCCCACCUUAUGACUUCUUAAGGAAUCUCAUUUGUCAACACUGUAAUCCUCUUUCACCUGAAGCAUGUUCCCACAGAAAGGAUGCCUACCAUCUUAUUCUUGAUCAAAAAUACUCCAUAGUUGAAACAUACUCAAAGGCCUCAGCCUGUGCCUGGAAGUUUAAGAUUGUUGAGGAGAGUCGUUGUUGGUUUGUUGUUUGUUUGUUUUUCCCCCUUAGUUUUUCAGGAGGGAUUGCCCAUAGGUAAGUAAGAAAGGAAAUCACUUGUAAGUCAGAUGCCUGUUUGCUUUCGCACACCCUGGUAUGCAAGAUGGAAUGACAACUACUGCUCUCUGUGUACAGAAUGUCUGCUUUAGACUUGCCAUGAGCCAAGCGACUUGGCCAUGACCAGUAAUAUUUCCAAAGUUCACAGCUUCAAGACUGCAGAGGCUGGUGAGGAUGACAGACUGUUGGGAAGUUGAAACUUGACAUUGCCUUGUCUGCUGUUUUAAUGUUAACUAUUCUUACUUGGAACUAUUAAAGUUGUCAGAAAAUUGCUUAUUUUUCUGGCUUUCUUACCAGAGGACUCCCACUUCUUUCCCCCAUCACAUCACAGACUGAUGCCUGGUCUUAUCAGGGAAGGGACUCAGAAGCCCCACAAAAAAUGGCAGCCAAAACUGGAUUGCUACCAAGAAAGGGCCUUUAAAAAGCACAGAGAGAAGUCUGGUUUUGAUCAAUGUCUUUCAUGAGGAAGCAUGGAAGGGGACUAGGAGUAUUAUGUACGUAGUACUACUCGCAUGUGCAUGUACAAAGAACUGGUUUCUGGAGUACAUCAGAACUAUUACUUAGAGUUAUACGUACUGAAUAUCUGGUCAUGCCUCUGGGCUUGGCAUUGUAGCAUAAUAUGGCACUGCCUUACCACUAAAAUGAGCCCUAGAGUCUGCAGACAGUACUUCCUAGAACAAAUGAGGAAAGAUAAAUGUUAUUUUAGAAAAGACUGAUUUAAAUUAAGUAUUUUCCCUUAAUAUAUGACAUCCCGUGUUAAAGCUGUGUGCACUAUAAUCUCUUAAAAUUUUAAGCAGUUACAUGUUGCCAAAGCCUUAAAGAGAACACAGUGAAUUGAUGAAUCUAGUAUGCAGCCCUGCCUCUUUAGAGAGUAAGAAGCAAGUUUUUAGAGCUAAACCAUGGUAUGUUUGCAGUAGCUUCUUCUUUCAGUUUCAAUUUCACUUUAUCCAGCUCAAUUCAAACAACCAGUUUGGAGACAGAUUAGGAGUUAAAAAAGUGGAAAGCUUGCUUUUUCCUCUUCCAUGCAUAGGAUAGAUUUGUGAGGGGAAAAUGUACUGUGUCUAAAAGCUGAAUGCAGUGCUAGCUAGAAACAAUUAGUUCUGUCUUCUUUGUAACAAUGUGUGUUUCCUGAAUGUAUCCAAAACCUUCAAAAUAGACCAGUCUAAGAAAUAAUUAUUUUGAAUGCUAUUCUCCCUAUAAUUCUACUUUGCAUCCAGAUAGAGCUCAAUGCAAACUAAUGAAUGUUAAAUAAUCAGGAAAGAUGUAUUCAGAACCAUUUUCUGAUAAAAUAAAUUGUAACCAUUUAGAAUCUACUAAAUAAGCUAUUCAAUUUUAAAUGUGUAAAUGCAUUUCCUAAUUAGACAAAGAUUGGCAAUCUCAGUGCAAAUACUACAUUUAAUUGCAAAACAACAUCUAAAUAAUUGCUAAUGAAGUAGUAAACUUUUAGGAAAGACAAAUACAGAUGCAAAAUAAGGUAAAAAACAUAGUUCCCUGCUUAUUCGUCAUUAUUAAAAACAGGUCAUUCACUAUUUGUGGAAAAGAUUCAAACUCAGGAGACACUCUUACCAGAGAGGCAAUCUAGAGUAUUUGCUUUGAGAAAUACAAGUUGGAUUAAUCUUCUAAAAGUUUGAGUUCCACCCCAAAAUUAAGUAGCCUGGCUUUCAUUUACAACCAGGGAAGACAAAUAGCUAGUCCUAUCAGGACAUCCAUUCCAUCCUAAAAGAGGCCAGAGAAGUUAUCAUGUAGAAGUCCCGGUACAUGCUAUGGGAAUACAGGACAACUACUUUAGGGUUAGACAUCUGCUGUUUUAUGGUUGUUUGUUGGUUUGUUAUUUUUUAUUUUUUUUUUCAGUUUACUUUAGGCAGCUCAAAAGAGGGAAGAUGAAUCUCACUAAAAAAUAGUAGCCAAAGUAAAUGCAGCUGACCUCCCUACUGCAACAUGUCGAUGGUGCUAUAGGUUUUUUUGACCUACGCUAAGAGCACUUUGUUUGUUUGUUUUAACACAUCCUUUGCAAGGGCCUAUUCCGAGGUUUGGCUCUUUGCCCCCCCCCCCCCCCCCCCCCCCCCCCUCAUUUCUUGUAACCUCUAUGUGUGCCAGGGUAGGAUUCUCUGUAGUCAUGGCAUUAGUCUAAAUACUCAGAUAGGAAUUAAGAGCUCUACAGUUACUAUUAGUGUAGAAAAUGUGGCCGUUUCUCAACCUUAAACUCUCCUUGCUACUGAUCUGCUGUGGUUUUCUGUAAGUUCCACAAUUUGGAUGAGUAAAUGACAGUAUUAAGUUGUUGUCACGAGCUCAGUAAACUGAACUGAACAUUUCAAGUCCUGGUACAUUUUUGCACACUCCUUACCAGAGAUUUUGUUUUUUUAAUACAUUUAAGUGCUGCUUUCAACCGAGUUUCAGGUCAACAAGGUUACAGUUACUUCUGAUACAUAUAACUUGGUGCCUGAAUGCUUAUUUUUGGCAUCUGAAUUUCUCACCUCUAAGGGAGAUGAGAAAGUAUUUGCUACGAAGCAUGACUUCUUUGAAAGUAAAGAAGACUUGACUUACUAAAAGUAACUGAGGGCAUCAACCCUCAAAAUCUGUCAGAGCUUUGCAUUACAGGGUGUGGGACAGUGUGAGGGUAUCACAGAGGCGCGUGGCUCCCACAAAUGCCGGGGACUGGCAGCUUGCUGCUUGGUGCCCGCAUCCACCUGCAGCUUUGCAUGUGUUCCAGCCUUUUAGUUGCUUUCCCAUUACUUUCCAGCAUCUACUUUAAUAACUUGUAGAUUUCAGAUAAAUGUAAAUCCCAAAAGAAAAUAUCUGUGUAGUUGUUCUGGUUUGACGUAUUCUAAAUUUAUGAAUUAUGCUAAGUAUCUGCCAUUAGCUUUUAGUUUCAUUUUAAUUCAUUUCAGUUCGUUUAAUUAAUGAAUGUAAAAGGUACCUUAAUUCAGGAAAAGGAGUCACCAAGACAUGACUUUUAGAAAAGUUGCUUAACAUUAUAUAGUUGAAAUAUCCUUAGAACAGGAAGGAGAGGAAAAUUGUUUAUUUAUUUAUUUUUAAAGCCAAAAAAUAAUCUGGUCUUAACUAAAAACUAAAUAUUCUUACUAUGUAUAUAGGAUUUUUUCCCACUAGUAGUAGUUUUGAAAUAUAAUCUUGGUAUAAACAAAUCUAUCUGAAUUUUUGGAUGGGGGAAAAAAAGCCAUGGAACUAGCAAACUUUGCUUUUCUCCUUUUUUUAAAUAAACAUAUUUUCCCAAUUUUAGAUUGUUUCUUUUUCAGAAUUGUUUAUUCAUCUGUUCACAAACUUAACCGAGUAGGACCAGAGCCUGCAUUUACUUAGUGCAGCCAUUUCUUUGUGAUACUUUGCUGCUUCUGAGCUGACCCCGAAGAGCAGAAUCACUGAGUCUUGCUGUCCCCGUGAGAAAUACCAUCACAUGGCUUUACACAGGAGUCGGGAGAAAGGGGUCUGGAGGCACCAGGAGCUGUAGUGUUCUUCAACUUUGCAGUAUCAGAAACCUACAUACUUUAUAAACAUACCAGAAACUCCUGGUCCGUUAUCUCCAACAACAUGUCACUGGUUUAAAUGACUUUUAAACAAGCAAUCGAUGUAACAAACCCUGUUGCCUAAUAUAGGUAGCAACUUUAAAACAGCCAACUACGGGAUCAUAAUGAAGUAUUUUAAUCUUUGGCUCUCCACUUUCUUUAAGGGGGCAGUGUUUUGGCUGCUUUCUGGUGUGACUUUCUCAACUACAAAGUUGCUGUGAGUUGUCAGUGAAGGCAUGGAUUUUAUUCUCGGACCCAUUUGUAGGUCGUUUUGCUCUGGAAACUCGGAGGCUAUUGUGUUUCGUUUGGUUGUGGCUGCAGGCUGGGUUAUUUCCACAUUCUGCAUCACUGAUGCUAGCACCAUCUUCCCAAACCGAACUGCGUCUGUGGGUUUGGCUCUGGCAGCCUCCUUCCUCUCGUGUAUCGGUACUUACUCUUCUGCUGCCCCCGCCACCCUGAAGGCUGGCAGCCUGGGGACCGGCACGGGCCGAGGUGCCGCCCGGGGGCUCGCUGCUUCUCCUCACAGACGUCCCCGGGAGGCCGCCCCGGGGUGGGGGUGCGGGGUGCCGGGUGCCGCCUCCCGCCCCGCCCGCGGCUUUUCCCGCCUCUCGCGGGGAGCCCCGGAUCGAGAGCGGGAGCCUCUCCCUCCCGCCACCCCCCGCACGCCAGCGUAACGCCCUCCCGCGCAGCCCGGCGGGAAGCAAGGGGCAGAGCUGCGGCGGCGCGGCGCAGCGCCCUUCUGUGAAUAGCACCCCCCCCCCCCCCGCUUUUCGCCGGUCCGCGCCAUCUUGACUACCCGCCGGGGGCAGCGCGUCCCCCCCCUCCCUCUUCAAGAUGGCGCCGGCUGGGUGAGUGACACGUCCAGUCACGUGGGCGGCGGAUGAGCCCCUCUCUCCCCCCGCCCUGAGCCAUCUCCAUGGCUCGGCCGGACACAGGCGGCAGCGGCGGCGGCCGGGGACGGAGCCGCGGCGGGAGCGGGGCCUCCCCCGCUUCGUCUGCGGCCUCGGCAAGGCGAGCGGCUCCCCCCUGCCCGGGCUGCGCCACGGCGGCUCGGCGCCCUCCUCCCCAUCGAGGGGGGGAGCCGCGGGGAGGGGACGGGGGGCUCGGGGCGGCGGUGAGGGCAGCGGGCAGGGAAGGGGGGGCUGCUGGGGCUGCCCCGGUCCCGGGCGAGGCGGACGAGGAGGGCUGAAGGGGGCUGAGGGGGCUCGGGGUGGUGGCUGCCUGCCUGCCGUGUCUCUCCUCACCCCCUUCCCCCGUUUCUCUCUCCCCUUUCCUCCCUCCUUCCUUUCCCUUCCCUUCCCCUCCCCUCCCUUUCCCAUCUGUUAUAGGCUGGCGGAGCCGUGGCUGUUUGAAACUAAACGCGAUCUUUACUGUACCAGCUGGGGUCUGUAAUGUAUCUGAUAAACGGAGCGCUCGCCGCCUCGGCUGCAGGUCAUGCAAGGAAAAGGGCAAAGCUGGGGAGGGAGCUGGGCGGGGUUUCCCUUUGCUUUCCACAGUCAGGCGAGAGGAGUCUGGUUGAUGUCUGCAGCAGAUAAAGGAGACAAGAGGAUCAUCAAAAGACCCCAGAGCCCUUUUAUCUCUCUGCUGUUUCUUCCCUCUAAUUCCAUUUGCCGUAGACGCGUUGUCUGUCUGCUCCUUUUCCCCCGUUUCAGGAGGGGCCGGGCGCACCAGGGCCCUGGCUGAGGUAGUAGUUUGUGCUGUUGGUCGGGUUGUGACAUUGCCCGCUGUGGAGAUAACUGCGCAAGCUACUGCCUUGCUAGUGCUGGUGAUGAUCAGCUGCAGAUGAAGACAAUGGCAAUGGGAAUCCCCUUUGUUUUCCCGGGAUUGCAUGCUGCUGAGGUGGCAACAAUUCCUUCUCCUCCUACUCCUGCAGGAGCCUAGCCUUGGCCAUGAGACGCGUGGGGUUUGACCCUGUCAGUAGGAUAUUGUUUCUUUCGCAGGCUGGAUGAAAAACCAUUAGUUUCACACUGUUCGGAGGGCACUUGAAUUUGAGCUGAAGAGCGGGUGUCUGCGUUUUUUUUCUAAUGGUUAUUAUUCACAUGGCACCACUGAAAGGUGGAUUUCCUAUUUCGUGAAGACAAGAGAUCAAUGACUAACUUGUAUUUUUUGUGUUCUGAAUGUGCAAAACUUGUAUGUGUGAUCUUAAAUGCUCUUAUUUGAAUAGUAAAAAUUCUGAGUGUCUAGCGAAGGUGAAAAUAUGUAAAUUAGCGCUUUACAUUGAAAAGAUAGUUGUUCUGCAGUUGUUAGUGUUGACUAAUUGUACAGCUUGGAGCUAACAAUUUUUAUAGGUGAACUUCUGAGAUGCUUUUUUUUUCUGUAUUGUGAUUUACUUAUUGUGAAAAGCAAACCCAUGAACCUGCUACUGUGAAUUAAUUAAAAUUGCUGGUAUGUUUAUAGUGAUGGCUAAGGGUAUCGUUUUGAUUGAACCUUAGUGUGUUGACCACUUAUUAAACUUGCUUAAACUUGAAAUGCAUUAAAACAUUUACAAUAAAUGUG